AUGAAGACCGCAGCCACCCUCGCCGCGGCUCUGUUCGCUCUGCGAUCCCUCGCGACCGACCCUCUUACGGCCGACAAGGUUGAGGCCGAUAUCCUGACCACCGAGCUGGAGCGUAACCUCUGGAACCUCAACAAGAUUGCCCGCGACAACGGUGGCAACCGCGCCUUCGGCCUACCCGGCUACAAGGCCUCGUCCGACUACAUCCUCGAGCGCGUCCAGGGCCGCUUCUCCAAGCAGCUCGAUACCAAGAUCCAGUACUUCAACCACACCUUCGCUCAGACCCGCGAACUCAAGGUCACGGGUCCCGAUGGAGAGGACGUCUACGUCGUGAGCCUCCAGUACAACCACCCGACUGCGCUCCCCGGCGGCAACACCGCCCCGCUCAUUGACACCCCCGUCGAUGAUGAGCGAGGCUCUGGCUGCUUUGCCGACCAGUGGGAGGGCAUUGACGCCACCGGCAAGCUUCCCCUCGUGAAGCGCGGCGUCUGCGCUAUCUCCGACAAGCUCAAGCUAGCCAAAGCCCACGGUGCCGUUGGUGUUAUCCUCUACAACCAGACACCCGGUAAGGACAUCAGCUCCGCAACCCUCAGUGCCGAGAACCUGGGCCUUCUGGUCCCCGUUGGUCUCAUUCCCCUCGAAGACGCUGAAGCCUGGAGAACACGUCUUGCCGCCGGUGAGACACUGGAAGUUAAUCUCAUCGUCGAUGCUGUCUGGGAUGAGCGCGAGACCUGGAACAUCAUCUCCGAGACCAAGGAGGGCGACCCUAACAACGUUAUUGUCCUUGGUGCCCACUUGGACAGUGUCCAGGCCGGUCCCGGUGUCAACGACGACGGCAGCGGUACCUCGGCCCUCCUUGAGAUCGCUGGCUCCUUCAAAAAGUACAGCGGCUUCAAGAACAAGGUCCGCUUCAUCUGGUGGGGCGCUGAGGAGAGUGGCCUCGUUGGCUCCCUCUACUACACUUCCCAGCUGUCAGAGGCCGAGGCUGAUGCCAUCCGCUUCUACUGGAACUACGACAUGAUCGGUUCCAUCAACCCCGUCUACAACGUCUACCUUGGCGACAAUGAGGGCGACUUGUUUGGCGCCCAGCCCAUCUUCGACUACAUCGCCGCCCAGGGCAAGCCCGCCGCGUUCGGCGGCUUCGGCUCCAGCUCCGACUACGUUGGCUUCCUCCAGCUCGGCAUCCCCUCGUCCGGCAUCUUCACCGGCGCCGGUGCCCCGACCGACCCCUGCUACCACCUGGCCUGCGACACUCUGGACAACAUCAACUGGGACGCCAUCACCAUCAACGCAAAGGCCGCCGCCCGCGUCGCCGCCGACUUCGCCAACGAGCUCCCCGCCGCCCUGCCCCGCCGCGCCACCACCACGCCUGCCCGUCGCAGUCGCGACGCUAUCCGUCGCGAGUUCCAGAAGUGGGCCCUCGCCGCCGAGCACGCCGAGCACGGGAAGAGCUGUUCCCACGGCGAGCACAACAUCUACUAA